UUAGAUAAAAAUUUGCCUUAUUUGUUGGAAGAUUUCAAUAUUUAACGAGAGACGCUUGAAAUUAUCCUUCUCCGCCCGCAAUUUUCAUUUCAUUGUGGUCAGAAUGCUUAACCUUGAUUUUUCUUGUUUAAGCUCUGUCAUUCAUUUCCUUCAAGACCCAAAAACGCAGUAGUUCUUAAUUCUCUCUCUACCCCCCCCCCCCCUUUUUUUUUUUUCUGGGAGGGGCAGUGUUUGGGGGUUAAGAGAAAUUUAGUCCUGAAUUUAUCUAUUUUUUCUGUCAUAUACUCUGGUCUUUAGUGGAAAAAAUUGGAUCUUGAAUUGUACUUUAUUCUCAUUUGUUGUCUUGAAUUUGUUUAACUCAUCCAACACUUGCGAAAUGGCAUCUCAAUUCGGAUUGUUAAGCCAAUAUGGAGUAGUAGGGGUAAACAUUCGUCAUCCUCUCUAGGAGGUAUAAUAGGUGAAUGACAUUAUUUUUGGUAUUCUAUUGAGUAAGGCGUUGCAUUUGAGGCUGGACUAAUUUCCACGAGAGAGAGGAAGCAAAGCAGUCUCUAGAAACAACAGGUUGGGAAAGCACUUCUUCCACUUUUGGAGUGACACAGAAAGAGGGAUUAGCAUUAUUCACCUAAUAAUGAUAACCCAUUAAUACCUUCCUCGUUGGGGCUCUGCUCAAUAACAAAACGCUAACAAGCCCACUGGUAUCUUCUUUCAUCCUCCCCAGCCUGGGCUUUGAUUUUCUUACACACCCCUUAUCUAAUAAUUUGGAAGAUUUUCUUCUUUGGCAUUUCAUUUCUUGGAAAUGGACUACUUUUCUGUCUACUUAAUGGUUGUUACUUGACUAUCUGCAUUAAGAUUUUACUUGAAACGGUCAUUCUGUUUCACAGGUUAUACUGGAGCAUAUCAUAAGGACUGACUGUGGUUCUGUGUCAGUUAUAGUUUAUGGAGACCAAGAGAAGCCAGCACUGAUCACUUAUCCUGAUCUAGCUCUAAAUCAUAUGUCAUGUUUCCAAGGACUGUUCUUCUGUCCGGAAGCAGCUUCUCUGCUGCUCCACAAUUUUUGCAUUUACCACAUUAGUCCUCCUGGGCAUGAGUUGGGAGCUGCAGCAAUUUGUUCAGAGAAUCCUGUACCAUCUGUGGAUGCUUUAACGGAUCAGAUAGUUGAGGUUCUUAACUACUUUGGGCUUGGAGCUGUGAUGUGUAUGGGAGUAAUUGCUGGUGCUUACAUACUCAGCUUAUUUGCUAUAAAGCAUAGGGAGCGUGUUCUUGGUUUGAUUCUUGUUUCCCCUCUAUGCAGAGCACCUUCUUGGACUGAAUGGUUUUACAAUAAGGUCAUGUCAAAUUUACUAUACUUCUACGGGAUGUGUGGUGUUCUGAAAGAGUUUUUGCUGCACCGCUACUUCAGCAAGGAAGUUCGUGGAUCUCCAGAUGUUCCGGAAUCAGAUAUAGUUCAAGCAUGCAGAAGAUUGCUAGAUGAGAGGCAGAGCAUGAAUAUAUGGCGUUUUCUUCAAGCCAUUGAUGGGAGACCUGAUAUCACGGAUGGAUUGAAAACACUAAAAUGUCGAACCCUCAUAUUUGUCGGGGAUGAUUCUCCUUUCCAUUCAGAGGCUCUCCACAUGACUGCUAAAUUAGAUCGAAGAUUCAGUGCCCUAGUUGAGGUACAAGUGUGUGGAUCAAUGGUGACAGAAGAGCAGCCACAUGCUAUGUUAAUACCAAUGGAGUAUUUCCUCAUGGGGUAUGGACUAUACAGACCAAAUCAGUUCAGUGGCAGUCCUAGAAGUCCUCUCACUCCAUCUUGCAUUGCUCCUGAGCUUCUCUCUCCAGAAAGCAUGGGUUUAAAACUCAAACCUAUCAAGACUCGGAUUGCACAAAAAUAAUAUUACUUGAUUCUGUGUAAACUAUGUAAAAUGUAUUUCAUUUCUGGUUAGUUUUUUUUUUUUUUAGGGGGGGGUGGGGGGGUAUAGUUAAGGUAGAAAGGUUAGAUAUAUGGGUUGUAGAUAGGAAAGUGAAAUUCUUUAAUGGACAUAGGGGAGGGAGAUAUUCAUUGUAGGCAGGAAUGAAAAGGUCAUAAAACAUAUUGCAAUUCUGAGUUGUAUUUGUAAAAAGAGAUACUUGUCCAUGAUCAUGAUGAAUGACUAAUAAGACAGCAAAUUAAUAUUUUUUUUGA